UCCAUACUCCUCCCUCUCCCUCUCUCCACCAUUUCUCUCUCUCUCUCUCUCUCUCUCUCUCUCUCUCUCUCUCCAACAAUGGAGGUCUCAAGCUCCCUCAUAGCAACCCAUGCGGCCCCUUCACCCUUCACCAAGGCGCCUCCACCGAGCAGCAGCUGCAGGAGACAGUUCUCUGUGCGAGCCAAUGCUUCUGGCGGCAAUCGGAAGGUGAUGAUCUCGAAGGAGAAGAGUGGGUGGAAGAUCGAUUUCUCCGGGGAGAAACCGGCAACUCCUCUUUUGGACACCAUCAACUACCCAAUUCAUAUGAAGAAUCUCUCCUGUCCGGAUUUGGAGCAGUUAUCCGCGGAGUUGAGAGCGGAGAUCGUGUACACAGUAUCAAAGACCGGAGGCCAUUUGAGUGCAAGCUUAGGAGUGGUGGAGUUGGCUGUGGCUCUUCAUCAUGUGUUCAAUACCCCUGAUGAUAAGAUCAUAUGGGAUGUUGGGCAUCAGUCGUACCCACAUAAGAUUCUGACUGGGAGGAGGUCAAGGAUGGAUACAAUACGGCAAACCUCAGGGCUUGCUGGGUUUCCUAAGAGAGAUGAGAGCAUAUAUGAUGCCUUUGGUGCGGGGCAUAGUUCCACUAGCAUCUCUGCUGGGCUUGGGAUGGCAGUUGCGAGAGAUCUGUUGGGGAAGAAGAACCAUGUAAUCUCAGUGAUUGGUGAUGGGGCCAUGACUGCCGGCCAGGCAUACGAAGCCAUGAACAACUCGGGCUAUUUAGAUUCUAACCUAAUUGUUGUAUUAAACGACAACAAGCAAGUGUCUCUGCCGACGGCGACUCUCGACGGCCCCGCCAAGCCUGUCGGGGCCCUCAGCAAAGCCCUCACCAAGCUCCAAGCCAGCACCAAGUUCCGUAAACUGCGUGAAGCGGCUAAGAGCAUUACGAAGCAAAUCGGGGGGCCGACACAUGAUGUUGCGGCGAAAGUGGAUGAAUACGCUAGAGGAAUGAUAAGUGCUUCUGGUUCAUCACUGUUUGAAGAGCUCGGCCUGUACUAUAUUGGCCCUGUAGAUGGGCACAAUUUGGAAGAUCUAAUUACCAUUUUCCAGAAGGUGAAAGCCAUGCCAGCUCCUGGACCAGUUCUUAUCCACAUAGUAACCGAGAAAGGCAAGGGUUAUCCCCCUGCAGAGGCUGCGCCGGAUAAAAUGCAUGGUGUUGUCAAGUUCGACCCAAAUACCGGGAAGCAAUUCAAAUCGAAAUCGCCGACACUUUCGUACACCCAAUACUUCGCAGAAUCUCUUAUAAAAGAAGCAGAAGAGGACAGCAAGAUAGUCGCCAUUCAUGCUGCUAUGGGAGGUGGGACAGGCCUCAAUUAUUUCCAAAAGAGGUUUCCGGAAAGAUGCUUUGAUGUCGGGAUCGCAGAGCAGCACGCAGUCACUUUUGCUGCCGGCUUGGCCGCUGAAGGCCUUAAACCUUUCUGUGCCAUCUACUCGUCAUUCCUUCAACGCGGAUAUGAUCAGGUGGUACAUGACGUAGACCUACAAAAAUUACCGGUUCGGUUUGCUUUGGACCGAGCUGGUCUUGUGGGUGCGGACGGGCCAACUCACUGUGGCGCUUUCGACAUCACCUACAUGGCUUGCUUGCCGAACAUGAUCGUCAUGGCACCAUCAGACGAGGCCGAGCUCAUGCAUAUGGUCGCCACGGCCGCAGCCAUAGAUGAUAGGCCGUGCUGCUUCAGAUUCCCAAGAGGGAAUGGUAUCGGCGUCGCCCUUCCUCCUAACAACAAGGGCACUCCCCUUGAGAUUGGAAAGGGAAGAGUUAUCAUGGAAGGCACUAGAGUCGCCAUUCUUGGCUAUGGUUCGAUAGUUCAGACGUGCAUUAAAGCCGCCAAUUCUCUGAGAGCCCAUGACAUUUUCGUCACUGUGGCGGACGCUCGAUUCUGCAAGCCGCUCGACAGAGAGCUCGUGAGGACGCUGGCGGAGCAGCACGAGAUCUUGGUUACCGUCGAAGAAGGUUCGGUCGGAGGGUUUGGGUCUCAUGUUUCUCAUUUCUUGAGCUUGAAUGGUCUUCUAGAUGGACACCUCAAGUUGAGAUCAAUGGUGUUGCCGGACCGAUACAUCGAUCACGGAUCGCCCCAAGAUCAGAUCGAGGAAGCUGGGCUUUCCACGAGGCAUAUAGCCGCGACGGUGCUCUCUCUCAUGGGGAGGCCAAAGGAAGCUUUGCAACUGAAGUGAAACCACCAAAACCACUCCAAUCACUCCAAUAAUUAAACAAAAAGAGGGAUUAUCCAAUCUCAUCCCAUCCAAAUCCAAACCAUUUUCUCAUGAAACAACUUUGGCUUCUUCUCAUGGAAUGGUGAGAGGGAUAGAUGGAUUUGGUGAUGUUUAGUUACACAAAAAAAAAAAAAGGAAAAAAGAUGAAGGGUAUCCAAUGAAAGUGCUUUUGUUACUGGAACUUGUAUAUUCUCAUUUUGUCUGGAUCUACUGCUCCUAUUAUGUUUGUGUAGCUAUCAAUAUUCAAUAUGCAAAUAGAAAAGUUGGAAAAAUGUCCUCUUCAAUGAAACUGAGAUGAUGCCC